CGAAUCUAUCAAAUAGAUACCUUAUUCUCCUUUUUCUUUCUUUCGUAGCCUCAAAUUGUCGCUGCGGUUUCACCCUCUCAUUUCUUGCAGUUUACUUCUGCUUGCAAUCUGCACUACAUACCCAUCGUUUCAUGGUUGCAAGGAUUGCAACGAGUUUCUUCUUGCGCAGAUAAGAAUCAUGUUGGCGUACGUGUUAAAGGGAAUCGCGAGGGCGGCGGCGUCUUCUGGACAAGCUGGCCGGGUAUCUCUUGUAUCUGGACAGAGGUUCUACCACGAGAAGGUUGUAGAUCACUACGACAAUCCUCGGAAUGUUGGGUCAUUCGACAAGAACGACCCUAAUGUUGGAACUGGCUUGGUAGGUGCUCCUGCUUGUGGAGAUGUUAUGAAGCUGCAGAUCAAAGUCGAUGAAAAGACCGGGGAAAUUAUAGAUGCCUGUUUCAAGACCUUCGGAUGUGGUUCGGCUAUUGCUUCGUCGUCUGUUGCUUCUGAGUGGAUCAAGGGGAAGGCUAUGGAAGAAGCAGUGAGCAUUAAGAACAGUGACAUCGCCAAGCACCUAUCUCUGCCACCUGUGAAGUUGCACUGCAGCAUGCUUGCUGAAGAUGCUAUCAAAGCGGCGGUGAAGGACUACAAGUCCAAGAGAGCGAAAGCAGGAACUGAAGAGUCCCACAGAGAUGCUGUAGCUGCAUCGGCUUAGUGGUGUCUUCCAUAGUGAUCUAAGUAGCAUUAAGAAGCAGUGAGCAUCAAGCAAAUGAUUCAGAUGCAAAUGUGGUGCAAAGAUGAUUGGAGCGUGUUGGAAGUUUGAGUUUUAAGUUUACGUUGGAAUUAUCGUGUACUAUCCGGGAUGAGCCAUGGUUUGCUUUUGUAGAUUGGUGGUCCUGACUUUGUGUUCCUUAGAUAGCAGUGCGUUGCGGCCAGUAGAGACUGAUGAACUUGGAUUUUAGGGCUUAAUUUCUCCACGAAGGCAAUUUAGUUGUGUAUAGAGUGCAUAGAAACAGCUGUGCAAGCAUUGCUCAAUUAAUUUCUUCCAUCCCCAACGAGGGACUGGUAACAGAUAAUCAGUCUAAAACAAAAAUGCUGAAUAUGGACGUUCAGUUUCAUCCUUGUUUUGGCA